AUGAUUUGUAGCCUAUUUUUUAGCUUCAUCGUGAUUCUGAUAAGCUGGGCUGCCUACUUUCUUAUUGACUUUUUUGACAUUAUAGUGACAGUAAAACUGCAUGAUCAUGAAAAAUGCAAAAUGCACGCCAUACCUUUAGCUGCAGAAGAUUUUGAGCUUUAUGGAAAUCUAGUGAUAUCAGCAAUAGGCGAUAUUAAAACUUACUAUUAUAAGCACUUAAGUGCUAGCAACAGUACCAGAGGCUCAUUAUUCUAUUUUGACCCAGCUUCAAAAACCUGGGGAUCAAUCCCUAUGUCUAAAUUUCCGUCUGACAUCCCUUUCAAUCCUCAUGGAAUAUUCCUACUCGACAAUUCCACACUUUACGUUUUAAACCAUGCAUAUGGCAACUAUGGUGAACGAAUCGAAAUUUUUGGACUAUUAGAAACCAAAAAAGAACGCAUUAAAGCAAGGUAUAUAAGGUCUAUUGUAUUUCCACAAGAUUGACUUGGGAAAUUAAAUGAUAUAGCUGUGCUGAAAGAUGGACAUUUCUACGUGAGUGAAUGAAUGCCAUUCCCAGAUGAACUGGAAGGAAGAGAUCAUUCAUUAUGGACAACUCUCAAAAGAGAUUAUUAUUUGAUAAUGACCAAAAGCACAAAUCUUUAUUAUUGCAAAGAAAGCAAAGGAGGACACCCAGAAUGCACUAUUCAGGACACUGAAGGAAAUUUUAAUGGGAUGCAUUUGUCAAACAACCAACUUUUUGUUGAUGAAGCUGUACAAAAGAUAGUAAAAAUUUAUGAUAUAAAAGAGGAUUUCAGCCUUACUUAUAAUGCAACAGUAAAAUUCCAACAUCAUGUUGAUAAUAUUGAUAAUUCCUCCCUUUAAGAGCGAACAAAAUAUUUUAAGGGAUUCGGUUAGACUAUUAAAGUCAGGCGUUCGCCAUUGGUGGCACAACACCAAAGACCUCCCGUACAGAGGUUCAACCGCUUUUCGACUUCAGCCCAGAGGUCUUCCCUGAAAGUGGAUGCCACAUCCGGGAUCUUCUGUCUCCUCCUUGUUGCUUCAGCACUGAGUGGGCUUAUGAAUUUCUGAGGCCUUGCUGGAGUAGCUCGAUCCCAAGGAUACUUGAAGUCUGCUAUGCCGAAGUGCCUUCCUUCAACAGUUACACAAAAAAGACUACUGUCGCCUGGGUCAAAAUUCCCAGUUUCUCGGUAGAGGAAUACCCAUGGAUCCUCGGAUCCAAAGGAUGUUGUUGAGAACUCGAUUUUCAACCCAAAGGAAAGCAGCCAAAACCUGCCAGAUACACAUCUCUUGAGCCUGCACUCGAUUCUCGACUUGGAGUCUAUCCCAGUUGGUCAUGGCCAUAAGGUCUGGACUGCGCAAAGAGGGCAGGUUGACACAUACCGCAUUUCAAUGUAUAUAAUGUUUAAAGGGGUAAUAAAAAGGAAUGUUUUUUGAAACUUUAAAAUAUUCCGAUUUGAAAAAAAAGAAUUAGUUUUAAAAAAUUAAUGUUUAAGAAUGCAAGCUGUCUAAAAUUUAAUAAAAUUAGUAAGAGAUCUCUUUCUAGCAGUUAUAAUAUGUAUCAAAAUAUUAUAGAAAAAGAAUGUUUACUAGAAUUUUUUGCUUUUCUUAAAGGCAAAAAUAGGGACUUUUCAAUUAUUUUGCUCACCCUUAAAGGGAGUAAGCAAAAUGAUGGCUCCUUCUUGGUAACAGGAUUUAGCAAAAUCAUUGAAUAUAUGAAGAUAUCAUGAGAUUACAAGCACGGAGAUAUAAGAUCAAGCAUAGCAGGAGGAGUAAGUAGAAUGGCAAAUAAUAAUGGCAGCUGAAUUGUUGAAGACAUAAUCACGCAAGAUAAAAUUUUUGCUUCAUCAGCAGUAAUAAUCAACGGAACUCUUAUUAUUGGAAGUCCCAAGAUAAAUUAAAAUGGUGUGGUGAGCCAGCCUACACUCUUAAAAUCUAUAGCCGAAUAUUUACCCAACGAACUUCUGGAGCAGAGGAUAGCGUUUGGAAAUGCAUAUCCUUCGGGCUUUUGUUGUUUUAGUGGAGCGCAAUAUUGGUAUUAGCUGGCCGCAUGCUUAUAUCCAGUUCAGUUUUUACCCCGUAGGGAGAUGGAACUUCGGAUUUUGAAAUGGGCAGCUCAACAAGGACAGAGGGAUUUUAUCGGUUGAUCGAGUGCGAUAUCAGGCGUUGUGUCAAGGCUUUGAGUCCCAUUUGAUUUACAUUUAUCAUAAAAUUCUUUUUCGAAUUUUCUGGAAGGCGAGCCUAUUGGCAUAAAGCAUGGUGCCCAGAUAGCGAGUGCAAGCCCUCGUCCUUAAGGAGGCCAUGCCCGAACUAGAAAACACGCAAUGGAGAAAUUAUGAGAAGACGAAUAGUGGAUGCGGGUCUCUAUAAGCAAUUAAGCAAGUAAAUAGUUAGUCCCACAGAUAACUUUCUUUUGCUUUGCCCAACAAAAUACUAA